AUGCCUGGGAGAAGAAGCCCCUGGCACUAUCCUCGACAUAGGAGGCACAGUCUGUCCCGCUCCAUGAGAGCUGAGCUCCAAUUCCCGGUUAGCCGCGUGGACCGCCUCCUGAGAGAGGGGCGCUACGCUCAGCGCCUGAGCUCAUCUACACCGAUCUUCCUCACGGGCGUUCUCGAGUACCUGACGGCCAACAUCCUCGAGCUGGCCGGCCAGGAGGCCCGCAACAACAACAAGAUCCGCAUCACCCCAGAGCACGUGCAGAGGGCCCUGGGCAGCCACCAGCACCUGAGCCGCCUCUUUGAGGACAGCGCCUGCCCUCAGGUGGAGGGGGUGCCCCAGCCCAUAAAGUGCUGCGGCCUGGGUCCCAGAGCCAACAACCUCAUCUAG